CCACUCUGUUUCUGUUUCUUCACUCUUUUUUCCAAAGAAGAUGGAAUCUGAUAAGACAACAGAGCAUCAUCUACCAUUCAUCCGGUUUCUAAAGAACGGCCGGGUCGAGCGACUUAGCGGCAACGAGAUCAAACCGGCGUCUUUAAACCCACAAAACGACGUCAUUUCGAAAGACGUUGUAUACUCACAAGAGCACAACCUCUCCGUUCGUAUGUUUCUCCCCAACAAAUCUACCAUGGGUAACAAACUACCUCUACUUAUCUACUUUCACGGCGGAGCUUACAUCACACAAUCUCCUUUCUCUCCGGUUUACCAUAACUACCUCACGGAGGUUGUUAAAACCGCUAACUGCCUCGCCGUGUCGGUUCAAUACCGUCUUGCGCCAGAGCAUCCGGUUCCGGCGGCUUAUGAUGAUUCAUGGUCGGCUAUUCAGUGGAUCUUUUCUCAUUCUGAUGAUUGGAUUAAUGAAUACGCCGAUUUCGACAGAGUUUUUAUCGCCGGAGAUAGCGCCGGAGCCAAUAUAUCCCAUCACAUGGGAAUAAGAGCUGGUGAGGAGAAGCUUAAGCCUAGAAUCAAAGGGAUUGUUAUGGUGCAUCCAGGUUUUUGGGGGAAAGAUCCGAUCGACGAACACGAUGUGCAAGACGGAGAAGUCAGAAACAAGAUCGCAUAUAUUUGGGAAAAGAUCGUGAGCCCUAAUAGUGUCGAUGGAGUGAAUGAUCCAUGGUUUAAUGUGGUCGGAGGCGGGUCGGAUAUAUCCGGAUUAGGAUGUGACAAGGUUUUGGUUGCGGUGGCCGGAAAAGAUGUGUUUUGGCGGCAAGGAUUGGCUUACGCGGCGAAGCUGAAGAAGAGUAAGUGGAAAGGAAUGGUGGAAGUGGUGGAAGACGAAGAGGAAGGACACAGCUUCCAUCUCCAUAACCCUAAUUCUCAAAAUGUUUCGAAAUUGAUGAAGAAGUUUUUGGAGUUUAUCAUCUUAAGUUGAAUCUUGAUGCUCAAGUAUGGGAUUAGAUGAAAUAAUCCUUCAAAUAAUCAUAUUGUUAACUUAGUUUAUGUUUUUAAUCGUCAAAUUUCGGAAAGUUCAACAUACAAUUAUCAUGUGAAGAAAAGUCAGAUCAUCUAAACAACAAAUUCACUAAUUGCUGAC